AUGGUGGAAUUGUAUGCUAGCGUUAUCACCGGCUUCGAAGUUGUGUCCAGCAAAGAGGUAACCACAGCUUUUGGAACGGAUGCACACAGGGGACGCGGUCAUGUGCGUUUUAAGCUGAAUCAAAACCGAAUUCAGGAAGCACUUCGUCUCCGUUCCAUAGACAAUUUGUACGUCGUACUAUAUGAUUACGAACUCGAAGAACUUGGAACUGCUUUUCAGGAGGAAAUAAUUGAUGCUCUGCAAAAAAUUAGAAAUGAAAUUUCACGCAUUAAUUGGAAGACGGCCAUAGAAUGUUGGCAAAUUGCUCAUGGAAGGCAGGUUCCAGGAGGUGUUGAGGCGGUGAAGGAGCAAAUGCGAGAGUAUGUCAAAAAUGGAGCCACAGGCCUGAAUGCUCAAAACUCAUUUUCGUUUAGAGUCACAUGCAAUCGAGCCGGUGAAAAGAGUUUGCAUAAGUUUUCUUCUAUGGAUGCAGCGCGUGCCCUCGGUGGUCAGAUAAACAAUAUCUUUGGGUGGCGACCAGACAUGAAAACGUUCGACAUGGAGGUUAUAAUGAACAUCAGAGGCAAUGGGAUUUUGGUAAUGGUAGCGCUUAACAAGGAGUCCCUCUUCAAGCGUAACGUUUGUGCUUUUGGUCCUACAACAAUGAGAUCAACUAUGUGUUAUUGUAUGACAGCACUUGCAGAACCUGCUGAAGGAGAAGUCAUCAUAGAUCCAAUGUGCGGAGGAGGUUCAAUUCCCUUGGAAGGCGCGUUGGCGUUUCCUGGCUGUCUCUUCAUUGGUGCUGAUAUACAUCCGAAAGCACUGGAAAGAUGUUUAGCGAAUAAGAGGAACUGUGCACAGCAUCUGUACCAAGGAACUUCAAAACUGGAAUUUCUUUGCUGUGAUGCUACUGAGCUUCCAUUGCGGGAUAAUUCUGUAGAUGCAAUCAUCACUGAUCUUCCAUUUGGUAAGAAGAUUGGCUCAGUUGAAGACAACCGGAUAUUAUAUCCCCGCCUUUUGAUCGAAUGGGAGCGACUAGUCAAGCCUAAUGGUCGGCUGGUGGUAAUGACGCAUGACAAACGGAGUUGGGAGCGAGCCAUUGCACUCCAUGGUGGAAGCUGGCGGUCUGUUUCACAUUACAAUGUCAAUGUCGGAGGUCUGCAAACGCUUUGUCAUUGUCUGGUCAAUACAAAAACUUGAGUGUCAUAGGAAGCUUUAUUGUAAAAAGUUUGUAUUGGU